AUGUCUUCUGAAGAAGACGGUGAUCAUGGUUUCAUGGUCAGCCCCUCGGUGAAGCUCAUGCUUCUGCAAGGACAAAUGCAAUCCUCUGUUGCACUGGCGCCUUCAACCAUAUCGGCAUCUGCAACCGCUCCUCCUGUUCCUGCAAGUGCUGCGGAGCUGGCAGCUGUGUUGUCAUCCUUGAAAUCCGAUGGCAGUGAAGGAGGUCAAGGUCCAGUCCUGCUGAGACGUGCUGCUGCAAGCCGCCAGCUGGGAGAGGGUGUGGAAGAGGAACUGCGCCUUGCAGAGGAUGCUCUUGACUUGCAAGAUGGAGCCUCUACCAUGGCUGCAAAUUUGGAGAUCUUCGAGAAGAAGGCCGAGGAGUCCAGUCGCAAAGGAGUGCAGCUGCUUGUAACACCCGAAUACGGUCUCACGGGAUUUCCUGGCUCGGUGCGAAGCCAAUGGUGGGACUAUGCUAUUGACAUUCCAGAUUUGCCACCAGAUGUGCGUCCUGUCCCAUGCAUGGAAGCCAUGAAGUUUCCAGCGAUUGUCAAGAAGCUGAGUUGCAUAGCCCGAGAAUACCGACUUGUUUUCGUCGUUGGCUUGAUUGACCUGAAGCGAUGCUCUCCUGAGCCCUAUCCUGGCUGUGAGCACAGCAGGGAUGGAUCACUCUUGUUCAACACUGCUCUGGCUUUCGACGCGGAUGGCGCGUACAUAGCUAAGUACCACAAAGCAAACUUGUGGGGUGAGCAUGCCGCCGACGCAGGCAGCAGCUGUGUUCUGCCAGAGUUCUUUUCAAAGGAGCUCAAUAUGUCAUUCGGAGUCUUUGUGUGCGCAGACUUGAUCAAUGCUUGGCCUGCAUUAGAACUUGUAGACAAGGGUAUUCAGCACUUUGUCAUGCCACUGAGCUGGUCGAACGAGAUGUUCCAGAUGCAGCCCUUACCGUGGAUCCAAGCUUGGAGUAAGCUCAUGAACGUCACCAUUGCAGCUGCGAACUCGCGUAGUCCGACUUCCAGCGGCAGUGGUAUCUUUUCUUCGGGAGUUCCGUUGGCAGUGGUGUAUGAUCUGUCGACCAGGCAAGCAGAUGAGUUGGCAGUGGCAAACGCACCAGGCUCACUCCCCGGUCCCGGCAUGAAAGCUGUUUGUCCCACAGAUCUUUCUCGCACAGCGGCGCUCAAGCCUCAUGGGUCGCAGUGGUUGACAUAUCAGCUUGACAUGUCCUUGGGGAGCCACCAUGCCAGCGUGUGCAGCAACUACCAGCCUGGCUUUGCAGAUGGACCGACAUGCUGCAAUGUGACGUACACGUCUAAAGCGGCUGGAAAGGGCUAUGUGCUCGUGCUGCUGAAUGGUUUGGACUUUGCGCCUGGGAUUGAACCGUGGGCAGGGGAAGCAUGUGCGGUGCUGCCAUGUUCGGAAGGAGCAGAUGACUGCUUAUCUUAUCCUGCCGAAGCUCUUUCGCGUCAUAAACCGAGCUGGUUCGGCGAGUUCUCUGCGGUGGAGUUGCAAGUUACAUUCUCUGUGCCGCAGCUGGUGUUUCCACAAGUGCUCUCUGGCGACGGUUUGCUUUCUCCCUCGGAGUGGCACCUGCAGACUGCGGCUGCAUCCUACAGGCAUAGGCUUAGAUUGUCCAGCACGGCUGCAGCGGAACUUGUGUCUCUGCAGUUGUAUGGCCGAGCAUUCAUGAAGGAUCCCGGUGCGAGUCAGAAGUUCAGAGGUGAGGGUGGCUGCUUGAUGCCAUCGCCGGCACGUGCCACUUCAUCGACAGCCUUACCCUCUGCGUCACACAAUUGGGAGGCAUCAGCUCUAUGUGCUAUUGCUGAAGCAUAUUUGGGCAUAGAAGAUCACCAGAAGGCUUUAGAGGCUGCCGAAGAGGCAUUGUCCCUGUGCCGCUCUCGUUCUUCACGCAGUGGGGAGGCCGAGGCACUGGUCACACAAUUCAAAGCGCAGCUCCUGACGAUCCCUGCAGCAGACGUGCGGAGGAUUGCGCGCGAGUUGCUAGCACUGUGGAGGGAGCUUGGGGCUACUUGGGGCGAAGUUGCGGACAUGUUGGAAUCUGCGCAGAGGUGUUGCGACAGUGGCAUGAAGCUGGAUGAUGCUUUAACACAGGCUGCGGACAAGCGAGAGUCAGACCAUCGGUGGGAUUUGGCCCAGGAUCUCUGCACUGCUCUCGUCGCUCAUCCGGCACUUCAAGCGAAAGCGAAGCUAGCAAGACUGCUUGAGGACUUGCUCACGGCAAGCCGAAAUUGCGGUGCGUUGACAACGCAUGAUACGCAGGUAUCUGCGGCAGAGGCGCUGCUCGAGGCCGGGCGUCUCGAGGAGGCGCGGCGGAGAGCAGCGCGGCUCGGCGAGUGUCAGCGGUAUACUCCGUAUAUAGCAAUGAGGUGGCUUUGGCAUGCUGCCCUCUCUCUGAGCCUGCUGCCGGCUUGGUCGACAGCGACGCGACCAAGCCGGGCAGAAUUGGUCAGGCAGAAGGUCCAAUCUGUUGGGAUCCAAACUGCGCUGCAGGAAGCUGCACAGAUGCCGGGCCCGAGGGUGCACAAGCGGCUCGACCCAGACAAGGAGUUGAGGAGAGAGAACGAAGCCGUCGGCAAGGCCAAGGCAGGGCAGCCUUCGGGGCUUGAGCCUUUGCCAAUUGCCAGUCUGCGACAGAAGCAACAUCCCGAUCAGGGUCAAGGAAAAGUCGGUGGGUAUCACCAACUCGAUCUUUCGGGCAUUGUGUCAGAACCCAGGACAACAGAUUCUCACCAGACCGCGACGAGUGAGUUGAUGAUGGCUGAGUACUGGCAGUGGCGGGCUACAACGAGACGGAUUCAUCUCAAGGAUGUGAUCUUUGCCUGGCUUGUCUGCAGUGUGGCGGGACUGGAACUUUGA